AUGGGAGAGGCUGCAGAUUCAACAGAAAGGGCGGUGUGUGCGGGCUGCGGUCUGCAGAUUCGGGACCCCUUCAUCCUGCACGUCUCCCCCAAUCUGGAGUGGCACGCGUCCUGCCUGCGCUGCUCCGAGUGCCACUGCAGACUGGAGGACAGGGACAGCUGCUUCCUGAGAGAAGGCAGGACAUUCUGCAGAGAGGACUACCUCAGGAUGUUCACAGCGAGGUGUGCCCAGUGCGGGGGGUCCAUCCUCCCCUCGGACCUGGUUCUGAAGGCCAGGGGGCGUGUCUAUCACCGGCACUGCUUCCGCUGCGUGGUCUGCGCUCGGCAGCUCCUGCCUGGAGACCAGUUCACUCUGCAGCCAGGAGGGCUGCACUGCCAGACUGAGCAGCCGCGUGCUGUUGCUCUUUCUUUCCCCUCUCUCCCCGGCUGUUUAUUCUCAGGGAGCCCGUGCGAGGGUCGGGUGCUCCGCGGCGGGGAGAGACUUGCCCGUGUGCGCACUGUCCUGAGCGAGCCGCAGCUGCUGGCACUGCGGUCCUGCUACGCGAUGAACCCGCGUCCUGACGCGCUGGCCAAGGAGCAGCUGGUCAAGGUGACCGGCCUCAGCCACCGCGUCGUCCGCGUCUGGUUCCAGAACAAGCGGUGUAAGGACAAGAAGAGGACGCUGCUUCUGGCCAGGCAAGAGCCGCUCACCCCCCGCGACAACACGGUGAGCGCAACAAAUACGCAGUUACCCCUCAUGCUGGUUCCAUGGUUAUACUAAGCA